CUGGUUUUUAAAUUGUAUUAUCGCCUAGUAAACAAAAUUUGAAAUGUUCUCCAAGGAGAAUCUGCUUCGUUCCUUGCAGGGUUGGAUAUUCAUGGUGGGUCUGGUGGCGUUAGGGAACACGGUGUCCUGUUUCAUUGACCAUUCAUUCCUCGGUUCGCGGCUCUACACGGCAUCCCCUGCCAAUGUUAAUAACCUUGUGGCGAGAUUGUUCGGAAUAUGGACUUUGCUGGCUGCAGUGUUGAGGAUAUGUUGCGCCAUCUGCAUUCACAACCAAGCUGUCUAUCAUUUAACAUUGCUCUCUUUCCUCCUGGCCUUAGGACAUUUUCUUUCUGAAAUCUUUAUCUUCAACACAGCAGAGGUUACAGUCGGGAUACUGACUCCCAUCAUCAUAUCCGCCCUGUCGACGCUCUUCAUGAUCGUUGGGACGUGCUUUCUUCUGAAAGAUGACGUCAAACCAGAAUUUGACAACAUGCCAAAAUCAGUUGAAGAUAUCAUAUUCAACAAGAAAGUCAAGCGUGCGAAGAAAGAUUGAAACCAUAUUUAAAUUUAUUAUAUAAUAUUAUUUAUAUUCUAUUGACUGACUUAAUAUUUAAUUUAAUGAUUUAUUUAUUAUCUACAAACAAAUGAAACGACUUGUUCCGUCUCUUCUCAGUUCUUCAUAUCGUGUUACCUAGAGUUAUUCCAGUGUUUUAUCGAUGUUGUGAUAUUCCGGAAAAAAUUCAGUUUAUUUUUUUGGACGCCCGUGUGUAUUUUACAUGCUUAAAAUGCUUUCUGUACGUAACUCGAAUUGGCAUUUAAUAAUGUUGAAAGAAUAAAUUUUAUUUUAAAUUAAAUAAUCUGUUUAUUUAUAUGAUGUUAAACGUCACAGUUAGUGACGAGAAUAAAUAUUUUUGCUUUCACGUUAACGCGAAUUUACUUCUUUCCUACUUUUUUUGUUCGAACUCUUUAUAUAAAUAUAUUUACUAAA